AUGGCCGCUCAGUUUUUCAAUAGAAUCGGCCAACUAGGGUUAACUGUUGCAGUCGCUGGAGGAGUGUUAAACUCUGCUCUUUAUAAUGUUGAUGGAGGUCACAGAGCGGUAAUUUUUGAUAGGUUUGCCGGUGUUAAAAAUCAAGUUAUUGGUGAAGGAACUCAUUUUUUCAUUCCAUGGGUUCAAAGGCCUAUUAUUUUUGAUACUAGAAGUAGGCCCAGAAAUGUUCCAGUUAUAACAGGAAGUAAAGGUAACAUAGUUAUUAUACCACUUCCAGAACAAUUACCUAGAAUUUAUACCAUAUUGGGAGUAGACUACGAUGAAAGAGUUCUUCCGUCAAUUACAACGGAAGUAUUAAAGGCUGUAGUUGCACAAUUUGAUGCUGGAGAACUAAUUACUCAAAGAGAAGUUGUAUCUCAGAAAGUGAGUGAAGAACUGACAGACAGAGCAAGCCAAUUUGGUGUAAUACUAGAUGACAUUUCCAUUACACAUUUAACAUUUGGAAAAGAAUUCACUCAAGCUGUCGAAUUGAAACAAGUUGCCCAACAAGAAGCAGAAAAAGCUAGAUUUUUGGUUGAAAAAGCAGAACAAAAUAAGAAAGCUGCAGUUAUAUCAGCUGAAGGUGAUGCCCAAGCUGCUAUUCUUUUAGCAAAAUCAUUCGGAGAAGCUGGUGAAGGUCUUGUCGAACUUAGACGUAUUGAAGCAGCAGAAGAUAUUGCUUAUCAGUUAUCUAAAUCUCGUCAAGUGUCUUACCUUCCACCUGGACAAAAUGUUUUAUUAAAUUUACCAGCAACUUCUUAA